AAGAUGAAGUGCACACAGGUGGCUGUGCUGCUCCUCAUGCAAAGUGUGAGUGCUCUGGCUGGAACAACGACAGCAACUGAAGCGACCACUCAUCUCUAUACAGUGCUUCCAUACCUGACUCAGCCUAGGAAUACGAAUGGCACACUGCACGCUCCGCCAAAGCUCUUUGCCAAUGUAUCCGGCUCUGUGGAUGAUGAGGGAACUUGCCAAUGCUCUGUGUACCUGCCGGAUACCACCUUUCCAGUGCAGAAGGUUGAGCAACUGGAAAUUAUAGCCACAACACUCUCGAAGAAAUUUGAGGCAGAGCUUUCUAAAGUUAGAGAGUACUCAAAAAGGAUUGAACUGUAUCAGCAGCAAAUUCUUAAUCUAACCAUCAGAGUGCAGCAUAUGGAGGAGGGCAGUAUAUCCUACACAGAACUGGACUUCCAGUUACUGAAAGUGGAAAUCAGUGAACUAGAGAAACUGGUCACUCAGCUGAAACCCAGCCUUGUUGGAAGCAAUGUCAUCAUUGAGCAAAUAUAUUUGGAGAUCACAAAUCUGACUAUACUGGUAAAUGAACUAGAAUCACUGGACAAAAACAAUGUCCUUGCAAUUCGUCGACAAAUUACGUCCCUGCAGAAACGACUGAAAGAGUGUGAAGAGAACGCAAACAAAACUACAGUACCCCCUUAUUUCCCACCAGGUACCUGCAUUCACCGUGGACUGCUGAAUGUCAGCCAGCCCUAUGUGGUAAAGCUGAACUGGAGAGGAUUUUCCUACAAAUAUGGCUCCUGGGGUAGAGAUUACUCUCCCUCUAAUCCAGAGAACGAAGUCUAUUGGGUUGCACCAUUGAACACAGAUGGGAGAUACUUGGAAUACUACAGAAUUUAUAAUUCCUUUGAUAAUUUGCUGCUGUUUAAACCCACGUAUGAAAGUAGAAUAACCUAUGGGGAAGGAAGUGGUGCUGCUCUUUAUAAUAACUAUUUGUACUAUCAUGCUUAUAAUUCAAGAUAUAUGGUGAAGCAUGAUAUAAAAAGAAACACACAGGUUUUGAGGAAAGAGCUUCCAGGUGCUGCUAUUGGUAACCGUUUCUCCUAUGCAGGUGUAGCAUGGCAAGACAUAGAUUUUGCCGUGGAUGAAAGUGGGUUAUGGGUAAUAUAUUCAACAGAAAAUAAUGUAGGCAACAUUGUGAUUAGCAAACUCAAUGAGACCACACUUGAUGUGCUAAAUACUUGGCAGACAAGACAGUACAAGCCAUCUGUUUCCAAUGCUUUCAUGUUAUGUGGUGUUCUUUAUGCCACAAGGCCAUUGAACACUAAGAAAGAGGAGAUCUUCUACAUGUAUGACACGAGUACUGGCCAAGAAGAUAGAAUUAGUGUCAUUAUGGAUAAAAAGUUAGAUACAAUCCAGAGUAUUGAUUAUAACCCCACAGAUCAGAGACUGCAUGUUUACAACGAUGGUUACCUUGUAAGCUAUGAUGUGACCUUUCAGCCUUAGUACCCUAGUGAUAUAUGCAUGUGAUAAA